AAUUGAUAAUAUUUCUUACAGUUUGACUAAGAAUGUCUUUUACUGUAUUUCCAAGUUAUAUCUACUGAAGUGACAAAAUUUCUGUUGUUCUUUGUUCCUACCCAUAUCGUGAAUUAAGAGGGGAUACCCACUCCUAAAUCAUCUAUGGAGAAACAACAGCAGUGGCAAAGGAAUUAAGUAUGGAAAGAAUGAGCCAUGUCUGGGUAGAGUGAAUGAACCUGAAAAGAAGUUCUACUCAUUCAUUAAAUGCACCAGGAUCUCCCGGCUACUAUCAAGAUGGGGAUUUUAUUAUCGGUGGACUCUUCUCCCUAAGAGUAAUUUCUGGAGACUUGAGAAGCAAAUUUGGAUUCCAGCAUGAAGUUUAUAUCCCCCCUUUUGCAUAUGCGCACCUUACUAAGCAUUAUCAGCAGGUGCUGGCCAUGGUUUUUGCUGUGAAUGAGAUCAAUAAGAAGUUGAAUUUGCUAUUCAAUAUGUCCCUGGGGUUCUACAUCUUCAACGUUGACUACAUUGAGAUGAAGGCCGUGGAGAGUUCUCUGUCUCUGCUUUCAUGCGAGAGUCCUCCAGUUCCUAAUUACAACUGCAGGCCUGAGAAGAGGGACAAGCUGGUGGCUGUGAUAGGAGGCAUCUCCACAGGAAUAUCAACCCAGAUUUCCCGGGUAGUAAGUCUCUACAGUGUUCCACAGAUCAGCUAUGGUCCAUUUGACCACAGUCUCAAAGACAGUGUCCAGCUCCAGUCUAUUUACCAGUUUCCUAUGAACACUGCGGCUCUCUAUCAGGGCCUCAUUCAACUCAUGCUGCAUUUUGGCUGGGUCUGGGUUGGCUUUGUGGUUCCUGAUGACAUCAGGGGGGAUAAGUUUCUCCAGGACAUGACACAAGAGAUGAACAACAAUGGACUGUGUAUUGCAUUUGCAGAAAGGAUUCCAGAGUUUCCUGCUGAUGAUACAAUUAACAUGCAGCACUUUUUUGAAAGAUACACAACGACUAGGGUCAGUGUUGCUUUUGGUGACACAUACUCUCUUCUAAGAUAUGUAUAUCACAUUUAUUGCAGUAGUCUUUUUGGUAAUAUCUUGGUUACAACUCUUGAUUGGGAUAUAACUACAAUUCCCUUUCAACAAGGUCCAAGUUACACAUAUUUUGGAGGGGGAUUAUCCUUUUCUUUCCACAUAGAAGAAAUCCCUGGUUUUAAAACUUUCCUUAGAAGUGUUCAACCUACAAAAUACCCUCAUGAUGUCUUUAUCCAGCAUGUGUGGUCUAUAUUAUUUGAAUGUCUAUAUAUGAAUCAAAAUGGAAUCAUGACAUUUACUGAUUGUAAAGAAAAUGGUACCCUGGAAACUCGGCCUCUGCAUGUUUGGGAUAUGAAUACUUCACCGCAGAGUUACAAUGUUUAUGCUGCUGUGAAUGUCAUUGCCUGGGCUCUUCAUGAUUUACUCUCAAUCAGAACAGAAGAAGAACCACCUGACAAUGUUACCUAUGUAAACUCUCAUCCAUGGCAGCUCCAUCCCUUCUUGGAAAAAUCCCAACUUGAAAGAAGUAACAGUAAACAGAAAAUUUCCAGUGAGAAACUUUCAACAACCAGCCUUGACAUCUUUAAUUACCAGUCCUUGCUAAAUGGUACUAAAGCUCAAGUGAAAGUUGGAGAGUUCAUCUUUCAACCACACAAGGCUCCACAUUUAUCCUUCAAUGAUAAACUGAUGAUGUGGGGUGAACACCAUAAUGAGGCUCCAUCUGCUAUUUGCAACCCAAGUUGCCAAAUUGGUUUCAGAAAAACUGCUGUGAAAGGAAAAUCAUCCUGUUGCUUUGAUUGCAUUCCCUGUCCUGGUGGGGAGGUUGCAAAUAAAACAGAUAUGCAUCAAUGUGUCAAGUGUCCAGAAAAUCAGUAUCCAAAUAUGGAGAGAUAUCAGUGUCUCCCCAAAGUUAUGACAUUUUUGUCCUAUGACGACACUCUGGGAACAGCUUUGGCCUCUACAGCCAUUUGUUUAUCUGUCCUCACUGCUCUGAUUUUAGGACUUUUUAUCCAAUACCGAAAUGCACCCAUCGUGAGAGCAAACAACAGGAACCUCAGCUACGUUCUCCUCAUUUCCUUAAUCCUCUGCUUCUUUUGCUCCCUGAUGUUUAUUGGUCGGCCCAGUCCAGUUACUUGCAUACUGAGACAAACAUUCUUUGGAGUUGUAUUUUCUAUAGCUGUGUCUGCUAUUUUAACCAAGACUUUCAUUGUGCUUGUGGCCUUCAAAUCAAUCAAACCAGGAAGCUCAAUACAAAUGUGGAUGGUGACCCGAAUUUCAAAUGCUAUAGUCUACAUUUGCUCACUCAUUCAAGGGUGCAUCUGCACAGUGUGGCUGGCAACCUCUCCUCCCUUUCCAGACACUGACACACAGUCAGAGUUUGGCCAAAUCAUACUUCACUGUAAUGAGGGGUCAACUGUUGCCUUCUACUGUGUUCUAGGUUAUUUAGGAUUCCUGGCAUUUCUGAGCUUGGUUCUUGCUUUUUUGGGCAGGAGACUACCAGACAAAUUCAAUGAGGCCAAAAUGAUCACAUUUAGCAUGCUGGUUUUCUGUAGUGUGUGGAUUUCUUUUAUACCUUCCUACUUGAGCACUAAAGGAAAAACCAUAGUGGCCUUGGAAAUUUUUGCAAUCCUGUCUUCCAGUGCUGGAUUACUAGGUUGUAUAUUUCUCCCUAAGUGUUACUUGAUUCUUGUGAGACCUGAGAACAAUUCAAGGAAAAAACUACAUGAACCAUUUACUUAGGAACCAUUAGAAAAGGAAUUAUAAUAAAUAAAUGAAUAGCAUGGAAGUGAAAUAAAUGAACAGCAUGGAAGUAAAGAGUCUAAAGUGUGGCAUUUCAGAAAUUUUCUUUAAUGUAUGUCCCUGUCAUGGUGAGUAGGUUCUAGUUACACUAAAUAACAAUUUUUAAAAGCUUUUAAAUUACUACUAAGAUGAUAAAUGUUACAGAGAGAGAGAGAGAGAGAGAGAGAGAGAGAGAGAGAGAGAGAGAGACACUUUCCGGCCUACUUGAGAUAUGAGAAAGAAUUAUGAAAUACGUUUUGAACCAAAGCAAUGGACACUUAUGGUUGGAAUUACCACCAUGUAAUAGCUAUCUUUGUUCCUGUUAUGAUAUUCAGAAAUAAAAUGGAGGCCAUAAUCCUUUUCACUCAUGAGACAUUUUCUCAUGAGUGAAAAAAAAAACAAUAAAUGAAAUAAUUUUGUAAAAUAAAUUAUAUAUUAGGAGAAAAUAACUGAU